ACGAAUUCAAUGCCCUCCAAUCAUUUCAAGAGCAAUUGGAAAUACUAGAUGAAGAAACCAACCCAACAGUUCUUGUUAACUCUUUCGAUGCACUAGAGCCAGAAGCCUUAAAGGCCAUUGAUAAGUACAAUUUGAUUGGGUUUGGGCCACUAAUUCCUUCUGCUUUCUUGGAUGGAAAAGAGCCAUUAGACACUUCCUUUGGAGGUGACCUCUUUCAGAAAUCAAACUCUUAUGUCGAGUGGAUAAGCUCGAAGCCUAAAUCAUCAGUUGUUUAUGUAUCUUUUGGAAGCAUUCUGUCUCUACCAAGAAAGCAAAUGGAAGAGAUCGCUCGAGGCUUGUUAGAGAGUUGCAGGCCAUUUUUGUGGGUGAUUAAAGUGAAGGAGUAUGGAGAAGAAGAGAAAGACGAAGAUAAACUAAGUUGCAUGGAGGAAUUGGAGCAACAAGGGAUGAUAGUGCC